AUGUCAAAUAUAUACAGCCAUAGACAGAUUGUUCCUGCCUCAACAACUGCUGCAACCCGUAUAGGUGAUUUACUGGAGGCUUUAAAGACUGAAAUUGAAACCCUUCAUCAAGAAUCUACAAUGUAUAAAAUGCAACGUGACGACCUUGAAAAUAAAGUUCAACAACAAACUGAAGAAGUUGCUCAUAUUCGUCAAGGAUUAUACGAUUUACAGGCUACUCAGAAAAAUAUAAAAGCACAAUAUGAUGAUAAUUUACGUGGACUUCAACGUGACUUAGAUACUCAAAGAUUACAUUCCCAUCCCUCUACCAGUUCUCAUCCACAACCAUCACAACCAUCACAUCCUCAGCCACCUCCACCAAAUAUUGGUCAAGGCCCAAAUAAUUUAUUUGGCGGAAUCAUGAGUGGUGCUCAGGCUGGCCCUCCUCCUCCACCACCUCAAAAUAUCUCUCAAGGUGCUGGAAAUCCUGCUCCUUCUCCUUAUCUAAAUGGUAGCGGUCCAAGCCCUUUAUCUCAACAAUCACAACAUUCUUCUAAACGUCAACGAAUAGAAGACGGUGGAGGUCCUCCUGGUCCUCCAAACCCUUUAGGAAUGCCUGUUAAUAAUCAACAGCCACCUUCUGGUAUAUACAGCAAUAAUGGUCUUCCGCCGCCACCACCGCCUCCUCCUCAACCUGGCCAACCACCAAUGAAUCAACAAAGUUACGGUAUGCAAGGAGUUGGACAAAGUAAACCAGGAAAUAAAAUGCCAAAAUCGGUAAACCUAAUGCAACAACAGAUGCCACCAAAUCUUGGACCUGAAGUUCCACAAAGUUCUGGAGUACCUCCUAAUGGUAAUGCACAACAUUCUGGUCCACCAUCUAAUAAACGUAAAAAUAAUCAAAAUACAAGUAAUCAAUUACAAUCAGGUAGUCGACCUCCAAUGAGGCAACCUUCAGUCAGUGGUGGUAGUACUGGUCUAAGUGAUAUGGAUCCUGAUAGUGUACCUGCUCAGCUUAAAAAAGAAGGAACUGAUUGGUUCGCAAUCGUUGUUUGUUGUGUUAAAUUCAAUUCGGACGGCAGCUUACUUGCAACUGGUUGUAAUCGAAGUGCACAAAUUUAUAAUGUUAAAACUGGUCAAAAGAUGUACGUUCUUGACGAUCCUAAUGUUGAUAAAACUGGUGAUUUGUAUAUUCGAAGUGUAUGUUUUAGUCCUGAUGGUAAUUAUUUAGCUACAGGUGCUGAAGAUAAACAAAUCAGAGUAAGGUUUUUAAGUUAA